AGUCGAGCUGCGUUCAGUUUUACUGUCAUUCCCGGCCCCGUCGACACCGUUCAAAAUGAUCUCAGGUAGGGCCCUCCACUAUGUUGUGCGCGUUCCCGAUCGGAAGAAGACUAUCCAGUUUUACAGGGAUAUCUUGGGCAUGAAGGUUCUUCGUCACGAGGAAUUUAGAGAAGGAUGCGCAGCUGCGUGCAAUGGUGGCUACGACAACAGAUGGAGUAAGACGAUGGUUGGGUAUGGUCCAGAGGACACCCACUUUGUUGUGGAACUAACAUACAACUAUAUGGUGAGGGAUUACAAGCUUGGAAAUGACCUUGUUGGUAUCACCAUAAGAUCAAGUGAAGCUUUGAAGCGAGCAAGAGAGGCAAAGUGGCCUAUGGUUGAGGAGAAUGGGAAAUAUAUUCUCCAGGCACCUAUUGGAUACAAAAUGGUGAUUGUUGAUGAACCACAACCUUCAGAUAAGGAGUCAGGGUUGAGACAGUCAUGGGCUUUUGACCCUGUUGAAAAAAUAUCUCUUGCAGUGUCAAAUCUGGAAAAAUCAGUCAAUUAUUGGCAUGGUUUGUUGAAAAUGAAAAUAUUGAAGAAGUCUGAUAAGGCUGUUGAGCUGUCUUAUGGUGAAGGACAGACUGUUUUAGAACUCUCUGACAUUGGUGCACCAAUUGUCCGUGAGACUGCUGGAGGAAGAAUUGCAUUUGCUGUGCCUUAUGAACAACAACCAGAAAUAGACUCAAUCAUCAAGAAGGCAAAUGAAAAAAUUUUGACACCCCUUAUUUCACUUGACACUCCUGGGAAAGCAACUGUCAGAGUCAUAAUUUUAGCUGAUCCUGAUGGCCAUGAAAUUUGCUUUGUGGAUGAGGAAGGUUUCCGCCCGCUCUCUGCUGUAGAUCCUGAAGGAAACGACCUAAUUGAAAAAUAUAUCCGCUUGGAUAAAUCCGACCAGUUUGUGGGAACCACGUAAUAUAAACAUCAACAACAAUGAAGACCAAAUUUUAAUGAGCCCUGCAACAACUGCUAUUGUCACAAGCUUGGAAUCACAAAAUUCGGCCGGCCUUGAUAAAUGACCAAUGUACAUAACUUGUCAGUAUUAAUAAUAAUACAUAUUUCUAGAAACAA